AUGGCCGUGCCUCUCCGCGUCUCCGCGUUUCCCGCGCCGCCGCCGAUGCUGGCGGGCCGCGCGCGCGACGCGGUCGUGUUCGCGGCCGGCGUGGCGGCGGCCGCGGCCGUGCUCGCGCUCCUGGGCUCGGCGUCCGUCCUCGCGCCCGGGAGCAGCAGCCUGCUGGUGGCCUUCCCCGUCCCCGGGCCGGAGGACGGGCCGCGCACGUUCUACGACCACCCGGAGCUCUCGUACGAGGCCGUGGGCGGCCGCCGGCUCGCCGGGUGGGACGCCAAGCGCGCGGAGUGGCUGCGGUCGCGCAGGCUCUCGCGCGCUCCCGAGCGCGUGGUGAUGGUGUCCGGGUCGCAGCCGGAGCCGUGCCCCGGCGACGCGGGCGACCACCUCCUCCUGCGGUUCCUCAAGAACAAGCUCGACUACUGCCGCCUCCACGGGAUCGAGCUCCUGUACAACCGGGACGUCCUGCAGCCGGCCAUGACGGGCUACUGGGCCAAAAUCCCCGUCGUGCGCGCCGCCAUGCUCGCGCACCCGGAAGCGGAGUGGGUCUGGUGGGUGGACUCCGACGCCGUCUUCACCGACAUGGACUUCUCCCUCCCGCUCGCCACCAGGUACGACGGCCACAACUUCGUCGCCUACGGCUGGCCGGACAAGAUCGCGAGGAGGUCGUGGCUGGGCAUCAACGCCGGCGUGUUCCUCAUCCGCAACUGCCAGUGGUCGCUUGACUUCAUGGACGAGUGGGCGCGCAUGGGGCCAGCCUACCCGGAGCACGCCCGGUGGGGCGAGGUGGUCCGGGGCGCGCUCAGCGACAAGGGCGACGACGCGUGGUGCGACGACCAGUCGGCGCUCGUCUACCUGCUGCUGCUCAGCAACUGGGAGGGGCUGGGGAAGAAGGCCUACAUCGAGACCGAGUACUUCUUCCAGGGCUACUGGAUGGACGUCGUGGGCCGGCUCGACGGCGUCGCGGCGCGGUACGAGGCCGUGGAGCGGCGCGCGCCACCGGGGCUCCGGCGGCGCCACGCGGAGCGGGAGCACCUGCGGUACGCGGCGGCGCGGAACGCGGCGGUGAGGGGCGCCGUCCCGGGCCCCGCGGGCGGCGGGGAGGAGGGGUGGCGGCGGCCGCUCAUCACGCACUUCGUGGGCUGCCAGCCCUGCAGCGGCGGGCGGAACCCUAUGUACUCGAGGGAGAGCUGCGACGACGGGAUGCGCCGCGCGCUGGGGUUCGCCGACGACCAGGUGCUCCGCGCGUACGGGUUCCGCCACGUCGCGCCGCUCAACGACACCGUGCGGCCGCUGCCGUUCGACUACCCCGCUGGCGGGCUGCGAAAUGGGACUAUGGGAACUCGGCAAUAAGGAAUUGGGCCUCUUUGGAUUUGGGUUUUGGGACUUAAUUGCAUCCUGUUUUAUUUUGUUUUGUUGGAGAUUAUCCGAUCAACUCUCUAUCUGAUCUCAAAUCAUGGUACAUAUUUUGCCCUGUCACAAACUUACAUGCAGAAGUGGGACACUGUUUUCAUAUUCCAAUCUUCAAA